AUGGUGGAUACGAAGGUGGUAAUCCAACUAGCGGAUAAGUCGUGCAUUUGUCCAGAGGGGGUUUUAGAAAAUGCGAUAGUCAAGGUACAUGAUUUCCUGUAUUCUACUGAUUUCCAUGUUAUAAAAAUGAGUGAAAAUGAGUCUGCCGAGUCUAGUGGAGUGCUUCUAGGGAGACCUUUCUUACGCACCGCUAAGACAAUCAUUGAUGUUUUUGGUGGCACCAUAUGCUUGGAUUAUCAUGGGGAAAAAUGCACGUUCAGCAUUGAUGAGGCUAUGAAAAAACCAUUGGAUGUUGAGAAUCUGCAUGCUAUCGAUGAACAGAUCGACUACUCAGAAUUGAGCCACAACAUCGACAGAGAAGUUGCAGGAUGGUGUGAAGCUAUGAACACUUUUGAGUUGACCGAUGAGGAACUUGCGGAAGCAAUCAUGGAGUUCUGUAGAGAUCCUGAACUUGCCAGGUCAAGGAGAUCAGCCCAUGUUGCGAGUAUGGAAAAUUUACCAGGGCCGGAUAUGGAGAAAAAUCCCUUGUCCCAGGAAACGAGUGUACCCAAGAAAGAACUGAAAACACUUCCACCUGGUCUAAAAUAUGCAUAUCUGGAGGAGAAUGAGACGUUCCCUGUGAUAGUCAACAACAACUUGACCCAGGAACAGGAAGGGGAAUUGUUGGAAUUGAUACUUCCAGAUCUAUGUAGAUCCCGAGGAUCAAGAGAAGAUGACGUUCACGUGCCCCUUCGGGACGUACGCAUACAGAAGAAUGCCGUUUUGUCUGUGCAGUGCACCAGGCACCUUUCAACGUUGCAUGAUGAGUAUCUUCUCAGACCUGCUGGAGGUGGACAAGGCAAAGGUGGACGUGAUUUCGAAGUUACCCUACCUACGAAUCAAAAAGAAGUCAGAGGAUUCUUAGGUCAUGCAGGGUUCUAUAGAAGGUUCAUCAAAGAUUUCACAAAAAUCGCGCAGCCGCUUACCCACCUCUUGCAUAAUGAUGUGGAAUUUGUCUUCGACGAGGAUUGUAAGAAAGCUUUCCAACUGCUGAAGGAUAAGCUUGUGUCGGCCCACAUAAUUAGAGCACCCGACUGGAAUCACCCGUUUGAAGUCGUGUGUGAUGCGAGCGACUUUGCAGUAGGAGUAGUACUAGGUCAAAGAAUUGAUGGGAAGAGCUACGUGAUCUUUUACGUCUCAAAAACCCUUAAUCAAGCUCAGAAGAACUACGAUACCACGGAGAAGGAAAUGUUAGCUGUCGUAUACUCAUUCGAGAAAUUUCAACCGUAUCUGCUUAGGUCGAGAGUGAUUGUUUUUACAGAUCACGCAGCUAUCAAGUACUUACUGGCGAAGAAGGAGUCCAAGCCAAGGUUAAUCCAAUGGGUGUUGCUGCUACAAGAUUUCGACUGGGAAGUGAGAGAUAAGAAGGGCACUGAGAAGAAGGUGGCUGAUCAUCUAAGUCAGAUUUUUCAAGGAGAGACAGAGGAAGCGAUACCAGAUGCAUUCCCGGAGAAACAUCUGUACUACAUAUGA